CCGUUUAUGUGUGACGUUUCAUGUGAUGUGACACACGUGCACAAGUGUGCCCGAUACCAUCAGUUCGUGACACUUGACCAAACCAGUGUUCUCACGUCCGUCCGUCGCUUACAUACAUAGCCACAUGUGAUUCCUCCCAGGUCGGUGUACCGUCCCGUGCUCCCGCCGGCAGAUAUGGUAUAGUCUGUCGUCUAUUCACCAACCGAUACAUACACUGGAUGGUGCAUACGUGCGUCGCUGUCUGUGCCCAGCCAGCCCCACACACAUCGAUCAUACACACCCAGCUAGUGCAGUCAUUCAGCCGUGUCCCUCGCCCUACUCGCUCACUCACUCGCUCACCCAUUCCAUCCAUCCAUCCACCCCAGCCCCCCCACACGACGAUCAAUCAACGAAUUAAGCAAGUGCUUAUGUAUGUAUGCUUUGCAAUCGACACACUUACGUACACACCACACCACUAGCACUCAAAACCGACGUGGCACGGAAAAAGAGGAGGAAAAAGAGGUAGGUAGGGGGGGAGGGAGGGAGGGAGGGACCAUGCUGCGCUGCGCCGUGCUGUGCUGUGCUGUGCCCGGUUUGCUAUCUAUCUGACUAAGCUCACACUAGCAGCUCAGCCCCAGGAGAUCUUGGUGAUGAUGCGGUCGCUAUCCACGUGCACGUUCAGCCUGCAGGAAGGAACAACCAACGACCAACAAGCAGAUUCUCACACUCAGCCGCCCAGCUCAUUUACCCACCCUCCCACCUGUCGGGUCGGUAGUCCAUGGUCACGGCGCACGGCUCCGGGCCCAGCACACGGUUGGGCGUCGGCAGCUCGUUGUCAUAGACUACGUUGCUCUCGGUGUUGUCCAUGGGACGCUCACCAGACUGAGGACAUAGACAACACACACACGUGCCCUGGCUGCCUGUCCUUCGCGUGUGCGUGCCGUUGUGCUGCCCACCUUGAGCAUCUUGCCAAUGAGCUGCUGCUCGAGCUUCUCGUCGUGCAUGUGCAUCGUGCCGACGUCGAUAGCUAUCUAUCUGUCUUAUCUUCCGACCGGCAGCGCAGCCAAAUACAAAGGGCUCUUGUACCUUGUCUUGUACUAACACUCGACGAACGCCAAAGCAGUACUGCUUUCCCGAAGAUGGAUGUUGUGGUGGAAGCUCGUCAGAGGAGUAGAAGCAUCAACUUCCACAUCCACUUCUCACUCCAGCCCG